UCUCUGAUCAGUCCCACAUGUGCAACUGAAUGUUAACACUGUGCUGAUAUCAAAGAGCGGCAGACUGGGGAGAGCUGCAGAGUGUGACUGGCAGGCAGAGAGCAGCCUGAGAAGUUUUCAGCUUAGUUGUCGAUCUAGAAAGCGGCGUUUCUUCCAGUGGGAACUGUUCAGAGAGUGCGCAUGAGCAGAUGGGACAGAUAUGAUGACUUCCUUUAUAGCCUCCGGUAGAGACUGAUGAAAGAUGUGCCACUUGUGGCUGGGGUUAAGCCUUGAUGAAAAGCUGAGAAUGAAGCCUGCCCUGAAUCUAAACUCCCUGCAACUACUGCUGCUGCUGCUGUAGCCUCUCUGGCUUCCUGGAGACUUCACCAGGAACCUUAAGGGAAUACAAGCCUCCUGUGCUCUUCUGAGGAGAACUUUUCUAGUUUUAAGCCACUUCCAAGGGCCCCAGGUUGCUUGCUUGGAACCACACGAAAGCUGCUACUUCUCCUUUUCUCUGGAAAAGGUAAUGAUUCUUCAUUGCAGUAUAUCUACAACGUGGGAAUCCCUGAAAGAGGUCAUGUGGAGAAAUCCACGCUCACUUCUAGCUUUGGUGCUAUUGCUAACUCCACUGGAAUUGCAAGCUUCAGUCAGCUAUAAGCCCAACUUUGUCAUCUUCCUGGCUGAUGACUUUGGCAUUGGGGAUCUCGGCUGCUAUGGAAAUGAUACAAUCAGGACUCCCAAUAUCGAUCGGCUAGCAGAAGAAGGUGUGAAACUCACUCAGCACAUUUCAGCAGCCCCUGUUUGCUCCCCAAGCAGAGCCGCUUUUCUGACUGGCCGAUACCCCGUAAGAUCAGGUUUGGAUGAAAGGGAUCGUUUCCGUGUCAUUAGCUGGCUUGCUGGUUCUGGUGGGCUUCCUCAGAAUGAAACUACUUUUGCCAAGAUAUUGCAGAACAAAGGCUACACCACUGGCUUAAUAGGGAAGUGGCAUCUAGGUAUGAACUGUCAAACCCGUGACGACUUCUGCCAUCACCCCUUAAAUCAUGGAUUUGACUAUUUUUAUGGAAUGCCAUUUUCACUGAUGGGUGAUUGUCAAAUUACAUACCCUCCAGAGAAGGAGAUGCACCAACGAAUCAAGCUUGGGUCCUAUACUCUGUUGAUUGCCCUCGCUGUACUUACAUUUAUGGCAGCAAAGCUCACUCAUCUGCUGCACCUCAGUUGGAAAACAAUUUUCUCCCUGGCUUUGUUUGGUUUCGCCUUCUUUAUUUCCUGGUUCUCAAGCUAUGGAUUCAUAAGAUACUGGGACUGCAUUGUAAUGAGAAACUAUGAAAUUACAGAGCAACCAAUGAAGGUAGAGAGAGCUGCAUCCCUGGUGCUGAGGGAAGCCAUUUCCUUUAUUGAAAGGAACAAGCAAGGGCCGUUCUUCCUCUUUGUUUCUUUCUUACAUGUCCACACACCGGUGGUAACAACAGAAAGGUUCAGGGGGGAAAGCAGGCAUGGAUUGUAUGGUGACAAUGUCGAAGAGAUGGACUGGAUGGUAGGAAGGAUUUUGGAUAAGCUUGACAAGGAAAAUUUGAAAAACAGCACACUGACCUAUUUUACUUCUGACCAUGGUGGCCACUUGGAAGCAAGAGAAGGAAAUGCUCCGCGAGGUGGUUGGAAUGGCAUCUACAAAGGUGGAAAAGCCAUGGCAGGCUGGGAAGGAGGAAUCCGUGUCCCUGGAUUAUUUAGAUGGACAGGAAUGCUACCCGAGGGCAAGAUUAUUCAUGAACCAACCAGUCUAAUGGACAUUUUCCCUACGUUGGUUCAUCUGGCUGGCGGGACAGUACCACAGGACAGGAUAAUUGAUGGUCGAGAUUUGAUGCCUUUGCUGCAGGGAUCAGUUCAACACUCAGAGCAUGAAUUCCUGUUUCACUACUGUGGGAUGCAUUUACAUGCAGCACGGUGGCACCAGAAGGACAGUGGAAAUGUGUGGAAGGUUCAUUAUAUGACACCAAUCUUUCACCCAGAGGGAUCUGGAGGUUGUUACAAUAUAAUAUUUUGCCAAUGUUCUGGGAAAUAUGUAAGACAACACGAUCCUCCUCUGCUGUUUGAUCUCUCUCGAGACCCAUCAGAGGCCGUGCCUCUUUCACCAGACACGGAGCCCCUGUUCCAUGAAGUUCUAAAGCGCAUAGGCAGAGCUGUGGAAGAGCAUCGCAGGACCCUCACUCCUGUCCAAUCACAGCUUUCUUUUGGCCACAAUAUCUGGAAACCGUGGCUGCAGCCAUGCUGUGGGACCUUCCCAUUCUGCUGGUGUGACAAAGAAAAGGAAAACCUAUAAAACGGACAUCAUUUUAAAGUUUCCUGUCCUGCCCACCUGGCUGGAUGCCAAGCUGCCAUGGGAUGGGGAAUAACAGGUCAAGUUAUUUUUGUGUGAUGCUUGAAGCCAGAGACAGAGACAUGUCUUGCUCUGUGCUAGACCCAAGAGCUCUGGCCUGGGGCUUUGCUGGAAGCCUAAUGAGGAACAAAGAUCUGUUGGGGAGUUAAUGCUGUGAGCCCCUCCAUCCUUUGAUCACAUUGUGUGUAUAUGUUUGUGUGUGUGUAAAUAAAACCAUAUAUCCUAAAAACACCAAAGUCUCCUUUGACCUUCAUUUCAAGGAAACAGAAUCCUGGGUAAGCGUUGGAGCCCCUGGAGUCUUUUGCUGCUUGGAGAUGUGUACAGCAAUAUUGUAUUUUAUUGUGAUGCUGACAUUAUGUAUUUCCUCUUACUUGUUUUUUAGCUUUGUGGUGUUACCAUUUUUUAUUUGUAAACUACUAAGUGAUUUGUUAUUGUGAGAUGUAUUAUUACUAGAGCAGUCAAGUACAAUUUCCUGUUGCCUAGAAUGGAUACAUGGGAAUGUGGCUGCAGAGAGGGAGGACUUCCUGUCAUACCUGCUCUGGAUGGACGUGACCCUAGCUGACCAGGUAAAAGGGCUGGCCAUGCAACCAUCCCUCAGUCUCUUGGUCUCAUAGUCUUACUCAUGGACUCUCACUCUCCUGGCUCUUAACCAGUGCAUGGCUCAAACCUUCACAUAGGAUGGAGCCCACAAGCAGAAAGUCUGAGAUAAUUCAAACUUCUUUUCAGUGUAACUACAAGAUAAAGCCUACCUUCAGAUUACUGCUGUGAACUGAAUGUGAGUAAAACUUUAUUCUUACUUUUAAAGAA